AGGCACGCAAAGCCACUGCAGGAGCAGAGAGGCUGAGAGCAAUCCAGAAACCAACAGCUCCCAUACUGAAUCCUGAAUCCUCUCCCUCCAACAUGAAGGUGUCCGCAGCCCUCCUGUGCCUGCUCACAACAGCCGCCUUCAGCACCCAGGUGCUCGCUCAGCCAGAGGCAAUUAACUCCCCAGUCACCUGCUGCUAUACACUCACCAAUAAGAAGUUCUCGAUGCAGAGGCUGAUGAGCUAUAGAAGAGUCACCAGCAGCAAGUGUCCCAAAGAAGCUGUGAUCUUCAAGACCAUACUGGGCAAGGAGAUCUGUGCAGACCCCCAGCAGACGUGGGUCCAGGACUCCAUGAGACGUCUGGACAACAAAAGGCAAACGUCAAAGCCUUGAGCACCCCCUCCACAACCUGAGAAUCUGAAGACAGUUUGUUUUCUUCUAGCUUUCCCUAACUGCCCUC